AUGUUAGGAGACAUAUCUGUUCGCAUUGAUCAAAUGCGUUCUGGCCUAUCGGAUACACCAAGAACGCAAUCGAUCUUCAAAGUCCAUAGUAAACUACGAAGUGAAAAUGAAGCGGCAUAUGAACCACAAGUCGUCUCCAUCGGACCUUAUCACCACGGUAAGCCUGAACUGAAAAAGAUGGAGAUGUAUAAGCUAAGGUACUUGAACAUGCUUCUUCAUAGAAGAGGAGAGUCAAGUGCUAAGAAUUACGUCCAAGCUAUGGCUGAACUUCAAGAAGAAGCUAAAAGUUCUUACGCAGACGAAAUCAAUCUUUCAGAUGGUGAUUUUGUUGAAAUGCUAUGCCUUGAUGGCUGCUUUGUCAUCAUGUUCUUGAGGAAACUUUUUCAGCUUGAAGAAUACGACAAGAAUGACCCCAUUUUUCAGAUGUCUUGGCUAAUAUCAGCCACUAAGAGAGACCUAAUAUUAUUUGAGAAUCAGUUGCCCUUUAUUGUCCUGCAAAAACUGUUUGAUAUGACCAAGUUGCAGGACGAAGAAGAGAAGCUUAAUGACCUAGCUAUUCUCUGUCUGUCUUCGCUCAUGCCUGGUUCUUAUCCAGGUCAAAGUUCUUAUUCUACAAUCGCUGCAAGUCAUAGGGCUGUUCAUCUUCUUGACCUCAUGCACAAAAAUUUGACUGCCUCAUUUUCCAACACACUUACGUAUUCCGAACCUGAACCGACUAAAACCUUAUUGCAGAAACCAGUUAUUGAGCUACUAUCUAGUGGAACCAAGUUCGAGAGGGCAAAGAAGAGUGUACCCUUGCUCCGUAUCACUUUCAAAAAUGGUGUAGUUAAAAUCCCUCCUUUAUUUGUAGAUGAUCAUACAGAAUGCAUCUUCAGAAACUUGAUUGCAUAUGAACAGUAUAUGUCUAAGCCAUUUGAGACAUGGAGGUAUGUAACUGAUUACAUAAGCUUCAUGGAUCUUCUCAUAGAUUCACCGUCCGACGUUGAAAAGCUUCGCAACCGUGACAUCAUCAGGCAUGGGUUAGGCAGUGAUAAAGCAGUCUCUAAAAUGUUCAACAAGUUAAGCAGUGAUGUUUCUAUUGAAGUUCCUUUCUGUUACCACGAAGUUUUUGAGGAAAUGAGGAAGUACUCCCGCAACCGCAGCCCAUUUUAUUCUCCAGAGAGGAUGCCCGGAGAAAUGCUAAAAUUUAUUUCUACUGGUCUCGAUCGAAAGCUUUCUCAGAUAUCAGAAACAUCAAAUGAGAAAUGUAUAUUCAGAGUCCAUGACGGGCUACGGAGGCACAACCCUCAGGCAUACGAACCAGAAAUUGUUGCUAUUGGACCUUAUCAUCAUGCUAAAAGUAAAUUACCAAAAAUGGAAAAGCAUAAGCUGUGGUAUUUGCAACAGCUUCUUCUUCAAAGAGGCGAGUCAAGCGUGGAAAGAUACAUUGUAGCCUCGUCACAGCUUGAAGAGCGCACUCGAAGGUGUUAUGCAGAAGAAACUAUUAAAUCUAUUCUUUAA